AUGUUAAGUACAAAAAAUCAAAUUCAUAGAAAAACUAUAUCAAAUGCAAAAAGCAAUGAAACCCAUAAAAAAAGUUGUAACUAAUAUUAAUUAAGACAAUCUAAUAUUCAAAUAGCAUAAUAAUUAUCAUGUUUGUAAAUGCUAAAAAUAUUAGUAUCAGGAUCUUCUAAAUCACUCAAUAAGAACACUUUAAAGACAAGAAUACGUACAGAAGGGAAUGAAAAGCAAUUUAAAGCUCAUACUUCUGCAUCUCCUACAAAAGAUAAAGAUUAAGAAUAAUCAGCAUCUCCUCCCUAAAGAAAUACUAAUUCUUAAGUUGAUGUAAUCACAAACUUGUUAAAUUCAAAUAUGACUCACACGGAAUACAAACGAAUAUCUAGAGAUUAAAGAAAUCAAAGCGCGGAUUUUCAAUAAUUGUUAGCAUAAUAACAACAAAAAUAGGAAAAUCGACUCUUGAAAAAUAAUGUCAAGAAGAAGUUCAAUUCUUAUGGCAAUCUAAAUGAUCAAGUUUAUUUUUCUUAAAGAGGAGGAUUGACUGAAUGUUAAUCAGCAGAUCAACUUGUAUAAAAUAACCCUUAGUAGAAACUAAUGAAUUCCAAAGGCUCAUACUCAAUGAAGCACUUCCCAUCUCCCAUGAACAUCUAUUCACAAUAAAUUACAUUGUAGGAAUUUAAAAACAAAUUAAGCAAUUUAAGUAAGGAUAUAAAAUAGAACAAAAAUCAAGUUGAAGAAGAAUUGUAGAAAACUCUAAAAAAGUAGUAACAUCUCUGUGAUUAAUACGAUCAAGAAGAUAGUCAAAAACAAUUCAGAUAAGAAAUUUCUUAAAGAAGCAAAUCAGUUGAUUCCUCUUCAUCUAGAUCUCGAUUGGAGAAUUCAAAAUAUUCUAAGGAUUUUCAGAAUUAACAUAAAGUAAAUCAUCAGCAAAACAACGCUUAGGGGGAUUUUAUCAUAAAAACUUAGAGUUAUCUAAAUUAGAAAAAGUUAGAGAGCAAAAUUGAUUAACUAGUAUUUCAAGUGUAGAUACUAAAGAAAAAGUCUGAGGAAUUGGAGCAAUAAAAUAGAUUUCUAUUUGAUAAUUUAACAAAGUUUUAGAAGGAAUCAGAUUGCAAUGCAGAUGUAUAAAGAUAUCAUUAAAUUUAAUAGGAACGUAACUUACUUAUGAAUAAAUUGGAUUAGAUGAUAGGAAUGUAAAAGAGAUAAGAAGAGAAUCUUAAUUUUUUUAAGUAGAUAUUUGCUAAAGGUUAUGAUUAAUCUCGAAGAAUAAAGACAGAAUAACAAUAGUAAUAAAAAGAAGAGGAUAAUUAAAAAAUAAAUUAAAAAACGGAGAUAUUGUCAAAGUAGAGACCAUUUGUCAAGUCAGCUUAUCAAGGACUUGAUUUUAAUGUCUGA